AUACCGUUCGGAAUCCCUACUGAAAGCCAUUUUGUUUUUCAGGGCUCUUUGCAAGGGUAGCUGGGGCGAAUUUGCACUCAGGCAGUGCUGCGGUCACCGCAUUUCCAUCUUCUUCUCCGCGAUGUUGCCCUUUGUCAAAAACGCAGUAAGCCGUCUCCAAGUUCGAAGCAUUCAGCAAGUGGUAGCUAGGCAGAGCCACCAGAAACGGGCACCUGAUUUCCAUGACAAAUAUGGAAAUGCUAUAUUAGCAGGUGGAUUCCUCUUCUGUGUUUCUACAUGGACAUAUACAGCAACACAAAUUGGCAUAGAAUGGAACCUGUCUCCUGUUGGCAGAGUCACCCCAAAGGAAUGGAGAGAUCAGUAGUCAUGCCAGCUGCUACAAUAAUCAAGUGAUUGUGUCGAAAUCAACUUAGAAGUGAUGCCAAGGCAAAGAAUCAUGUAUUCACUAAAAUAUAGCAUAUUGAAGAGAAAAUAAAGUACUUCUGAAACCUUCA